CCUUCCAACCCUACAUUAUCGUCUGCGAAGACUGAAAUUCAGCUUUUCCAUCCACAUUGAUCGCGAAGCACACCAGUUGCGCGUCUCCGGGCUUUUAAUCCUUAAUUCCCAAGAAAAAAAUAUCCACAAAUAAUACCAGGAAAGAAUUUGGAAAAUAUUUUCGCAGGAAAACAACAUCAAAUGGAAAAUGUGACUUUCAUUUAAAACAAGGUGUCUGUGGCUUUAGUUUAAGGAAAAAAUGUGACACUUUUGGCCGGUUUAAUUCAAAAUCUUCCAUCUUUCAAAGUUUCAAAAACGAAAGAAAAGCAUGAAUAAACAAGUAAAAUACAAUUCAAGUUCCCUUUAUUGAUGACAUUUUGUUAGAUAUUCAAAAUAUGAAGAGUAUUUAAAACGAAAAAUAAGGAUUUAUACGAAUCGGUUGUCAAAAAGACCUGUGAAAAAUCGAUAAAUAUACAACGCCUGUUUCAAAUAAUCGGAAAUCUAUUGUCAGUUAUAUUUUAUCUAUAACGGUUGUGAAAGUUGGCAACAACAGAGUGCUGAAAAGAUAAAAGGAACUAGAAUCAAAGAAAUAACAUUCAUCAUUAUCGACUUGAAUCGCCAUAUUUAUAAAGAUAUUUGCUUGAAUUUCCUUCUAUUUUUUGGAGCAUUUUAUUAUCUUUCCUUUACCGUCUGAAAGAAAAGAACUUUUGAAGACAGAUUUAAAAGUUAAAAGAAAUAAAGAACCAGAGAACGAUAUUUUAAGAACAUUUUUGUUGACUUUUGAAUAAGAACAAAGAAUCCAUUCUAAUUUUGAAUAAAAAAAGAGAUAGAAAAGAUUCUUUUACUUGAACUGACAUAUCCUCAAGAAAUUGUACGUUUGUAUGAAAAGGAAAUUAGAAAUGUGUCAUUUUUCGAAGAUUGGAUAGAAUUUUUUUAUUAUUCUGAGUUGCUUUCGUUUAUAAAAAUGAUGAAUUAACUGUAAGGAAUGGAAUGCGUUCAAGAAUCGUAUAGCAUUGUGAUUCGUGCAGCUUAAGAAUAACUUCUCAUUGUUAAAUAGUUUUUUCUUGGAAGAAAAAAAACGAAUUAUUUGUAAGAGCCAAACGUUAUCAAAAGGAUUGUUUUGGAAAUGGCGGAUACUCAACAAGUGGAUGCACCUCCACAGACUAAAGAUGAAGUGAAAGACAAACCUGUCAUUAAACCUCUGAGUGCAAUAGCUCACAGGAUGUUUCAUCCUCCAAAACUGGAAAGGAAGCACAGCAGCGGUGACCUGCACAGCCGACUGAAGACUCGGAAAAUAUUGGGUGUCGGCGAAACUGAUAAUGGAGACAUUCAUCGAUCGAAGAUCAGCCAACUGCUGGGUCACAAUGAACACCUGUACGUGAAGUUCCCGAGAGGAUACUGGAUGUGGCAUCUCGCCAUGGCACUCAUCUUUACCUUUCUCGGUCUCAAUAAUCUGUUCUUCCCCGAGAAUUCUUACGACCUCCCCAGAAGUGAUGAAGCAAUCCCACGAGAAGAUCUGGCCUGCAGGUUCUACGGCUGCACCUCUCUUGCACUGGCCUUCUUGUUGUGGUCAUUCUGGGGUACAAUGGACAAAGGCGUGGUUCGAACGCUUCUUCUGGCAACAGCCCUCUGUCAUGGUCUCCAGAUUUUAGCAUUGAUGACGUCUCAAUGGGGUACCUUGCUGAACUGGCGCACCCUGACUUACCUUCUGGUGCGUUCAAUCCUCGUUUUGCCCAACGCCUACUUCUACAGGAACAUCGGUUUCUGCGGGCUGCGCAUGCGCAAGUCCACCUCCUUCAACAACCUGAGAGACUGUGUCUACAACAGCAAUUCGAGCAGCAACAGCCACGGGAAGUAAAAUAGGAGUGAUGCUUCGAUGUAUUCAUUUAAUCUCCUCAUCUAUGUCUGUCUGUCCAUUGUUGUUACGGCGGCAAUUCAGAUGGGCCCAUGACUACGAUCUACUUACGUGUUUUAGCUGUCAAGAUUUUCAUCACUCAUUAUAAAACGGUAGUAACGGAUAUUUCUUUCUUUAAGUUAUUUUUUAGUGAGUGUUUUUUUUCUACAAAAAGAGGAAAAUGUAAUAAUUUUUUCACUUAUUUUAAACUCUCUCGCUAUUAAAAUGGCUGAACCACCCGUGGUAAUGGUUUACUAAUAGACCAAUUUUAGAUAGGUUUCUUUUUCAAAUGAGGAAUUCAGAAAGUAAAAUGAGGGCAUUCUUCAAAGUAAUUUGUUUAACAUUUUGCACCCCUCGUUUGAAACAAAAACCGGCUCCAAAAAGUCUCAUUAAUAUAAAAUAUUCAUAGUCGAGCUAGUAGUGAAAGGUUGAAAAGCUCAUUCAAAAAUAUAAUUCAUGUGAUAAGGUUACACGAGUUAAUAUGCUAUAGAAGGAAAUCAAUAACUUACAAUAAAACCAAAGACACGUUUUUACUAUUCAGUUAGAGAUUGAAAUGUGAAACUGCUUAAUUUCUAAUACUCCAGAUGUUGAUUGUCAUGACCCUCUUACAUACUUAAGACAAACGUGAAAAAAAUAAAGCAAAAAAUAAAGCAAUAAAGUUAUGAAUUGAGUGCGAAUACGCAAUGCAUCCGUUUAAAUUGAGAAUGGAAAUACAUGAACCUUUUUUACUUUAUUUAAUUCUUUCUUGCAGGAUGCUUCAAACUGAUUCAAAAGGAUGAAGAUUCUUAAUGUAAUGCAUUUUACUGUAAUGUUUUAAAAAUUAUGAAAUUAUUUAUAUAUAUGCCGAAGGGAUGUUGUGCGUUUGACCAAGAUAAAUCACAUAGGGCAGGAAUUCUCAAAAUUUUAAACAUUACUAUGCACUUCAUUCGCGUCUUUAGACGAGCAGUUAGAAAAGAGGUUUUAUAGUCCACAAACAAACUUUUAUUAAAAUAUGAUGUGUUUAUUCUUAAAUAUAAUAAAUGUUAACAAAAUUGAUAGCGAUCCUCUUCUAAAUUUAUGCAUGCACAAAGUAAUUGAAACCACGACGAGUAGUUUCUGAUGUUGGUGGAGGGAAAUUAAGCUGACACGAGUAGCUUGAUUCUAUAUUGCGUUUUCUUUCUAUUAUAUUUUUUCGGAACAUUUUAUAUUAUAUAUAAAUGCAUUUAAAAUCUUGUAAUAAUCGAAACAAAAUUGAUUCGCGCCUCACUACUGGAUCGUGAUCCAAAGUUUAGGUAUCUCUAUUUUAAAGCAUUAAUAUUUAAUUUGUUGGUGGAAUAAUAAUUAAUUGAAGAACAUUUCUUUUGUUUGAGAGCUUGAGCCCAACUGAAUUGUCUGUGUUUUGUGAUCAUCGUCACGGAUAAAAUAGCUUAUAUUUAAAAUAAGACAGCUUUUUAUUAAAAUUUUAUUCUAUUGUCCGAAUUCGAAUUCAUUUGUUUUAUUAUGAGUUAUUGCAAAAUAUGUAAUAUAAAUGCUUUGCUUUUAUUCAAGCAUGUGAAAUCCUUUUUUCAUGCCAUUAAAUAUUCUUUUAAAACGUUAUUUAAAGAAUCGUUUCACUGUAUGUAUUAUGAUAUGUAUUUGGCCAGUGUUGGUAAAUUAUCUGAACAUAUUUUUCAGAAUUAAGAAGUUAAGAAUAAAAGAACAGAAAAGAAAGAAUUGCAAGUUAAGACUAAAAUAAAAAAUUCUCAGAAUAUAUAUAUUCUUAUUUUAUAUAUUUUAUAAAAUAUUGUAUAUAUUUUGUAAAUAGAAAAAUAUUCUUAUUUUAAAAUAUUUUUAAUUUCAUCAAGUGAAACAAAAAAUAUUGGAGUUUUACAUAUCCACUUUUUAAAAAUUUCAUUUAAAUUAUUACUCGAUAAUUUUUAUAUUUUUGUUUCUUCUAAUAAUUUUAAAAUUAUUGUUUAUUUCAAAUUAUUUCUGGAUUCGGAUAUAUUUAUUAUUUCGCAUAUUUUCUAUUACAUGGAUAUAUUUUAAUGUUUUUUAACGAAGUUUUAAUGAUUUACUGAAUUUGCUUUCAGUAAAUCAUUAAAACUUCGUUAUUUGCUUUGAAUAUGUUUAGAAAUUUCAAAUUCAUGAUUUAUUUGAAACCUAAAGCUGUCUUAUCUGAUAUGACAAUUUCAUCUGUGAUCGGCAUUGGAUGUUCUUGAAUUUUAAAAGUUUUUUCUUAAGCCACGGUUUUAUUAAAACACCGUAAUGUGCAUAGUUAUUUAUCUGCAUUAUUUCCCCAACUAGUGAUAGUUAAAUGUUAUUUAUGUAUGUAUUUCCUCCUUAAACCAGUACUACAAGUAUUAUCGAAUUGAAUUGUAUAAAGGAACAUUGUACCUUUGAGUUUCACCUUGUUUGAAAACGUAUGUGUUGCAGUGCUUACUUUUAAUUUAAUUAUUUUAUGUGAAUAAAAUAUAAAAGUUUUAAUCUUAAUCGCUUGUAAUAAAAUAUUUAAAUUGCUUGUGACCCCUUUUAAAUAAAAAUGGUUUAUUUUUACUGUGAUAAAACGAAAUUCGAAUGUAAAUUUCAAGAAAAUUAGAUUCCUCUAAUUUCUAAACAAUACAUAAAAUCAAAAGAAAUUUUCUUUGGGAAUAAAAAGUGUAUGUAAAAAGUAUAAACUUUAACUAACAAUUGUUUAUUUCGUUUUUUCAUUAACUGUAACUGUUUUAUAUGAAUACAAAAAGGUUUCUAGUAGUUAUUUAUAUUUAAGAAUCAAUAAAGAAGCAGUAAAACUUUUUAAGAGAAUAAAAAAAAUUGUAAUUUUGAUAAAGAAAAUUUAUAAAAAAUAUUAAAAAAUUUAAAACAUUUCUGAGCAAAUCAUAAAAUUAAAUGAUUAUUUUCAAAAUAUUUUAUUGAUAAAAUCAACAAUAAAAUAAAAUUAUAAACCAAAUUUAGUGCCAAAAAAUAUUUCUAAAUAAGUAUUUUACUGUGUCUUUCAUGUUUUUUUAUUCGUAAAUAAAUUUAGCUACUGUUUCUCUCUAAAUGUUUCAUAAAACAAAGCAAUAAUUUGCAGCGAACUUGUAACACCUGCCUCCGAAACAAAUUAAGAGUAAACAUGAUUUACGCAAACGGCAUUUUUGCUAUUAUGCUUCUAAUGCCAUUCUGGCAAGAACAAAUUGUACAAAUAGGUUAUAUAUAAUUAUUUAAAACAAUUUUAUUAAAUAAGAAUUGUUUUUUUACAAAUAUUUUUCACUAUAUUCUUAAAAUGUUUUGCAAAAUCAGUAUUUGGAAUUUUUGAAAUGGGCCUUUUGAUUUUAUUUGCCAUGCCACUUUUUCACUUUUGGUACUUAACUGUUUAGUAUUUUCUUAAAAUGUGAUAUGUGUAUUACUAAAUUGUAUUUUAUAUGCCAUUAAAUUCCUUUUUCCUUCUUAUAAUUUUGCAAAUCAAUUUAAUAAUAUACAAAUAAAAUGUUGUACAUUCGCAGCAUUAAAAUGUAUAUUAAAAGCAAUAAUUAUUUUGUGUUAUAAAUAUAGAUUAUUUUAAUGUGUACACUUAUACUUGCAUUAGCAUGUCAUUCUUUAAAAAACAAGCGACAUUUUCACAGAAAGGUGAAUAUUAUGUAUGUGUAAUCCCACGUAUUUGUAAGAAAAAAUUGGCUGUGUAUUGUAAAAUAAAUGUAUCUCUCGUUC